AUGAUGAACCAAUUAAUAAGAUUAAAAUUGACAUCAUUAGACUUUGAAAGAGCAGGUCUAAGCAUUAUAAGUUAUUAUCUAAGGUUAUAUUCCAUUGAAUUAAUAUUAUCGAACAAUGAAGGGGAGCGAUCUAGAGAAUUGACCGAAUUAGCUACCUCAUUAUUGGAUCAAGUGGAAAUUUUCAAAAAUGAGACCAAGAGAUGGGAUGAUGAUGCUGAUGAUGAGAAGAAGCAUGAGCAAGAGAAUCCUUUGUAUGUUCUGAUACAUGAUCAACAAAAGGCUAAAGUUUAUGUUUUGAAUUUUACAAUGUCAUUAUAUAAUGAAAAAUUGAAAGAAAUACAGGCACAAAACGGAUCUGGUAAUAGUACUACAGCUACUACUAGUAGUAGUAAUAAUAAUGAUUUGAAACGUGGUUUAUGGUGCUGUAUAGAUUUAUUUUCAUGUGUUUUACAUCUCUGGAAGCAAGAAUUGAGUGAAGAUGUCUGUGUUGCCCUAAGGAAAAGAAUUAAAUAUUGUAAAGUUUGUCUUAACAAUAUGAAACAAUUGGAUUAUUCAGAUUUUGUUGAGGAUGAGGAGGAGACGAAGGAUAAGGUGACGGAUGAUGAUAUUGAUAAAUUAUUGACAGAGUUAAAAGCACAAGAGGAGGUGGAGGAGGAGAAUCUGCGAGCAAGUAAUGAUGAAACCAAGUUGGAAGAUGAUAAGAAGGAUAUCAAUUUACAAGAGGAAAAAGAUGGUGAGGUCAGUCCUGAAGAUGAUAACGGUUUUGCGGUAAAAAAAGAUGAUGCGAAGCCACCCGUUCAUGGAGAAGAAGAUGAGGAAACUCAUUUACAAGCGCAAAAUGCUAAGACAGCAAACUUGCCAGAGGAUGCCAAAAAGGCAAAUGUAAAAGAAGAAGAAGAAGAUGUUAAUCAAGACUUGAAAAAUGAAAGCAUCCCAUCAUUUAUAGAUUCUGAUGAUAGCGAUGAACAUUAUCAAGAUACAUCUGAGUCUCCAGAAGAAUUGAAAAGGGAGGCAAAGAAGAAACAAGUCACUAGUGCUGUUCCUUCCAAAUCUUACUCUCAAGCGGAGUUGAAUAAGAUGAUGGAUUCCUCUGCAAAGAUUGAACAAGUGCAGAGAUUGGCCAAAUAUGCGAUAAGUGCUUUAAAUUAUGAAGACAUCCCCACCGCUAAGGAUGAGUUAAUAAAGGCACUUGAUUUAUUAAAUACUCUGUAG